CGAGGCUCGCGCUAGGUGGCACUCGGCGUGUUCGCUGCCCUCCAGUCGCAAUGACUAAUUCGUCGUUCGUUGUAUUGGGAAUAUAAAAUGCUGUGUUCGUCUUGCGCAAGAUUUAGUGUUACGAUUGUUCAGGAGGGAUUUCCUUCUCACAUUCAGCACGACGGGCACGCGGAGCAGACGCGUGCGCUCGACCUUUCGCGAAAAUGAGGAGUGCUGUAUUGUGUGUGAUUUUUGUGCUCGGCAGCCUGGCCGCGUGCAUUUUGGCCGCUGAUGACCCCAUUAUCUUUCCCGGGGGCUCCAAGGCAAGGCGGCCGAACCGGAGGCCGAGCGUGAAGGGCCCGUGUGCGACCUGCGGCCAUGCCGAAAAGCGCCAAACCUUGCAGAACAGGGAACCGGAGCAGCCGAGUUUUCCAGAUGAGGAGGAACCCUACGAGUUGCCACUGGACUUCUACAAAAAGAUGAACGAAAUAGACGACGAGUUUCAAUUCCUGGCGCUAAUUGGAAGCAUAAAUAAAGAACUGGUCAACGUGACGGGACUCUAUGACGUAGAUCCCGGAAAUCCUGCAAUAAGAAACGGCAGAGCUGGCGAUAUCGGAAUUCGAUUCAGCGGCGUUGAUCAGAUUGACGGGGAUGAGCCAGCCGCACACUUUGCAGAAGGAAGAAGAAACGCAAUCGAGAGAGCGAGACAGGCUCAGUGCAUCCCCGAAAACACGACCGUCCCGUUGAUCAACCCCAAUGCUACGGCGAACCCUUUUACGAUUUACUUCCCUAAUUGCAUCCGCUUGCCGAGGUGCAACGGCUGCUGCAACACUCCUCUAUUGACUUGCGAGCCGACCAUCACAAGGUUGAGGAGUUUCAGGGUGCUCCAAACUGACUUGAAAAAUGAAAAACUGUCGAAUAUCCAGAGAAGCACGGUGAUCGACGUGGAGGAGCACUUGGGUUGCCAGUGCACUUGCAAAGUCAAAGCAAAGGACUGCAACAUUUUCCAAAAGUACAACCAGAAGGCCUGCAGAUGCGUGUGCACGAACAAGGAUGACAAAGACAAAUGCGACCUGGAAAGCAAGCUGAAACUGUGGGACAUGCAAACUUGCCAGUGCAAGUGUCGGGAAGCCAGCGAGUGCAGCACGGGAUUUUAUUUUGACGAAAAAACUUGCAGCUGCAAGUCGGACACGUUGGUUUACUCGAGGUACGAGAACAAACCGCGCCAGCCGGGAUCAAAUUACCAACUAACUCCCUGGGAACAGGUGACAGGCAUGAAGAGGAGCGAGCCCUGAAUGACGUGCGAGCAAAGAAACACUAUUCCAGUCAUCCCAUCCUAGUUUACAUAAGAGUUAUUUAUCUAGUGGAACUUUCUAUUUUGGUAACUUAAUAAAAUGCGAAGAGUGAAAAAUGAAA